GGCCGGUCGGCUGAGCGACCGACGGACCCGCCGGCCGGGGGUGGGGCGGGGGCCACAGGGUCCUGUUCCGGGCUUCCGCGGCCAUCGCUGCUUACGCCGUCCCUGGGCUUCUCGCGCUGCGCCGCCUCCCGGGCCGCGCGGAGCCAGCGGGAUUGGGCAGCGUCGCCCGGAGGUGCACGGUGCCCUCGGGCACCGGCCUGGAGCGCAGAGCCAUGCACGGCGUUGUCGCCGCGCUGUGAGGCGGAGUCCGCGGCCGUGGCGCUGGGCGGCGGCGGCGGGGCCGGGCCGAGUCCGCUCAUGGUGCCGCCACGACGCCACCGCGGGGCAGGAAGGCCAGAUGUGCUGAGUUCCUCACCUCCUUUUAGACUCAGCUCUGCCAAGUUUUCAGGCUUUGCCCUUGAAGAUCUCAGAAAGGCCUUUAACAUAAGACUGCAAAUGCUGUGUGUGUUUAUCAUGAACCGAUUGAAUUCCCAGAGCAGUGGUUUCAGUCAACGCAGGAGAAUGGCUCUUGGGAUUGUAAUUCUUCUCCUUGUUGAUGUGAUAUGGGUGGCGUCCUCUGAACUUACUUCGUAUGUUUUUACUCAGUACAACAAACCAUUCUUCAGCACCUUUGCAAAAACAUCAAUGUUUGUUCUCUACCUUUUGGGUUUUAUUGUUUGGAAGCCAUGGAGACAGCAGUGUACACGGAGAUUUCGAGGAAAGCAUGCUGCUUUUUUUACAGAUGCUGAAGGCUACUUUGCUGCUUGCUCAACAGACACAACUAUUAAUAGUUCUUUGAGUGAACCCUUAUAUGUUCCUGUGAAAUUUCAUGAUCUUCCAAGUGAAAAAUCUGAGAACAUAAAUAUUGACACUGAAAAAACUCCCAAAAAGUCUCGUGUAAGGUUCAGUAAUAUCAUGGAGAUUCGACAACUUCCGUCAAGCCAUGCAUUGGAAGCUAAGUUGUCUCGCAUGUCAUACCCUACUGUGAAAGAACAAGAAUUUUUACUCAAAACUGUUGGAAAACUUACUGCAACUCAAGUAGCAAAAAUUAGCUUUUUUUUUUGCUUUGUGUGGUUUUUGGCAAAUUUGUCAUAUCAAGAAGCUCUUUCAGACACACAAGUUGCUAUAGUUAAUAUUUUAUCUUCAACUUCUGGACUUUUUACCCUAAUUCUUGCUGCAGUGUUUCCAAGUAACAGUGGUGAUAGAUUUACUCUUUCUAAACUAUUAGCUGUGAUUUUAAGUAUUGGAGGUGUUGUACUGGUAAACCUGUCAGGGUCUGAAAAAUCUGCUGGAAGAGAUACAAUAGGUUCUAUUUGGUCUCUUGUUGGAGCCAUGCUCUAUGCCGUCUAUAUUGUUAUGAUUAAAAGGAAAGUAGACAGAGAAGAUAAGUUGGAUAUCCCUAUGUUCUUUGGUUUUGUAGGUCUGUUUAAUCUGCUGCUCUUAUGGCCAGGUUUCUUUUUACUUCAUUAUACUGGAUUUGAGGACUUUGAGUUUCCCAAUAAAAUAGUAUUAAUGUGCAUUAUCAUUAAUGGCCUUAUUGGAACAGUACUCUCAGAAUUCCUGUGGUUGUGGGGCUGCUUUCUUACCUCGUCAUUGAUAGGCACACUUGCACUAAGCCUUACAAUACCUCUGUCCAUAAUAGCUGACAUCUGUAUGCAGAAGGUGCAGUUUUCUUGGCUAUUUUUUGCAGGAGCUAUCCCUGUAUUUUUUUCAUUUUUUAUUGUAACUUUACUGUGCCAUUAUAAUAAUUGGGAUCCUGUGAUGGUGGGAAUCAGAAGAUUUUUUGCCUUUAUUUGCAGAAAACAUCGAAUUCAACGGGUUCCAGAAGACAGUGAACAAUGUGAGAGUCUGAUUCCUAUGCAUGGUGUUUCUCAGGAGGAUGGAGCUAGUUAGCUGCUUCUGUAAUUAAGAUUGAUAAUGGAAUAUUAUACAGCGAAGAGACAAUCUCUGACAGUUUUUUGUAGAAAAACAAGUUUCAGUGCUUAGUCUGAAAUAUAACAGUUUCAGUUCUUUGGAACUCUAAAAUAUAUUUCUUUAUACUUGUUUUCUUCAUUUUCAUAGUGAAGAGCUUUGUUAUGUAACUGUAUAUACUACUACAAUUAUAGGAAGUUCCAGCCCACAAUUCAUCUUAAAGACCAAUCUGCCUUAUAUUUCUCAAGGAAUUCAACUGAUGAAAUAAUUUUAAUUAAUCAAGAAAUGAAAUCCUCAUGCCUGGAGACUCUAUUUUCACAUAUUAUUUGUUGAAUGCUGGAUUCUAUUGAAAUGUUUUCAAGAAAUUAUUUAUGUAUGUAGAUCCAUGUUUCUUACAGGUAAAACGCUAAAAUAAAAUGCCUAUAGUAGGUAUGGAUUGUAUUUUUGAGUUUUAUAUAAUAUUGCAAAUGAACACAGAAAAAUGUUUGUUUAAUAAGUAUACUCAUGCCAAAUUAGUGGUUACUUUUAAAAUCAUCCUCACUUGAGAAAAGAUACAGCUCGUUCACACAACAUGUAUUGUCACUUCAUAGCAUUAGAUGCCUUGUAUUUUAACUCAAACAAGCCAUGGCAGAACUUUAAGGUGAAAGUAUUGUUAAAUGAAGAGUUAUGUAAUUCUUUUUUUAUAAAAUGUUUUUAUUCGUGAUUUAAUAGUGGUUUACAAGAUGAGUUAUAUAUUUCUACCGGCAAUAAAUUUAAUUGCUAGAAAGUUCUGUUUAAUUUAGAGUUUUGAGGAAAUACUCUCUCUUCAACUGAAAAAUUUUCAUAAUGGAAUGAGGUUAAUUGAAGUGAUAAGGGGGAAUUAUUAAAAUAAAUGUCUAUUUAUUUUUGCACUAUAGAUCUAUCAGUUUAUGAUUUUCCCCCCACAUAUAAACAUGCCAAACUACCCGACAACUGGAUGCUUCUUUAAGUAAUUCUGUUUUUCCUAAAUAAAACUUUACUAAGAUACUAAAGAAGAAAGGCAAGAUUUGCACUUUGAAAAUUCAGAUUAACUUUUUUUUCCCUACCAAGCUUCAAUUUACAAUAUUCCUAAUUGCAGUUCUUGUAUUUAGGACUUAUAUGUACUUACUGUGCAACUGCUCUUGGACUCUGAUAGACGUCAGUGAUUAAACAUGAGUCUUAGGAUUCAGCCAGAUUUUUGUUAAAUCAGAAGCUACUUCCUUUCCAAGAUUUGUGUGGACAGUUUAUUUCUUUUCAAAUAUAAUAAUUAUUUUUUCCUUUGCAGUAUCUGGCUUCAGUUUACCCUAAUUGCUUUGUUUUUGCCCUAAGUUUUAAAGUUUGGUUAUCUUCUCAGUCCUAAAGAUUUCUAGCUUACAUUAGUUAAAGGUUAUUUUGGUAUUAAAUUGUAAAAACAGACAUCUGUUCUCCUAUUUGGUGCCACAAUAAUUUUUGCUAAGCUAAAAUGACAGUGAUAUUAGUUUGGCAAAGGGUAAAAAGCAUGCAAAGAAUAUUGACCUCUGAGGAGUUUUCUUUCAAAAGUAAUUUAAUGAACUAACAUUUCAUUUUCUCUAUGCCUGAUUUUUGAAAUGUAUCAGCUAGAACUUUGGUUUUAUUUGAGCUCUUUGAUAUCUCAUCAAUACGUUCAGUAGUUAGUAGAGUAAAAUAGUUGGAAACAAGAGAUUUAAAUUAUUGUAUCAAUACAGUAGGAAAAGAGGUCGAACUUUGUAUUUGGAGGUUCAUGUACUCUAUUCAGACGAACAUAAGUCACGUGCUGUUACUCAGGAGUCUAGGAAGAGUAAGCCGUAGCUGCUAUGCUACAUGAUUCUUGACGAGGACUUUGACAAGGCUGCUGUUUUCUGCUUAGCAAUAGGAAGCAUCAUUAAAUUGGCUAAUUUAAAGUAUUGAAAGUAUUUAUUCACCCACCAAUUAACUUUUUCAGAUUUUAUUUCAUUGAUUUUUGUAUUUGAAUACUAUAGCAUGGCCAGUGAACUUUCUUUUUACAUAUUUGUUAUUAAGGGUUCAUCUUCUCAAGAAAUAAAACUGUAAUGACUA